ACAUCUUAAGUCUCCACUGCCAUGAAUAAUAUCUGCUUAUUCAUCCUGAUUUGUCUCAUUAAGGUGAUAUUCAACUCCAUCCAGAGUAAUGCCCGCGAGUUUCCUUUCUAAGUUGGCAGCAGAUCAAAUGUCUGGGAGGAAGACCCAGUUCCUCUAAUUAAAUCAUGUCCUACAAACCAUCCUCAGCCCAACUCACUUUAUAUCUGCUUUGUUUUCAUCUGAGCUGUAUCCAGCGCGGUACACUUUCAGCGUCUCUGGAUGAAAUCCCUACAUGCUGAGCUGUAUCUAAAGGGUCUGCUGAUUUUAAGAUGCCGGAGUCGGGGGACCUCCACCUGAAACAUGUCCUACAGUCAGUGUGUGCCCUAGAGUCCGUCAUCCUUCGCAGUUUUGGCCCUGAAGGAGGACAGGUGCUGUUCACCCGUGACACAGGACAGUUGAUGUUGAGCCGCAGCGGAAAACGCAUCCUCACUGCUCUACAUCUGGAGCAUCCACUGGCCAGGAUGGUGGUGGAUUGCGUCUGGAAACACAGCACAGCAACCGGUGAUGGAUCUAAAACCUUUGUUCUAAUCCUUGCAUCACUGCUGCGUUUGAUUCAGGCUGCAGCCACUAAGGGAGCCCAUACAUCUCAUUCUUAUACCUCCACAGAAAUGGCAGAAGCUGCCACUGCCAGACACUUGGCUGACAGACUGCUGGAAUUUGCGUUGACUGAGUUGGAAGCACUCAUUGCAGUCAAUGUGUUGCCACAUGGAUUCUGUAUUUCAUUAGAGGAAGUUACAGAGAAAUCGCAACAUAAUAGGAGUUUUCAAACCCUUCUUUUAUCAUUUUUUCAUACACGCCUCGGUAGUGUGUAUUGUGACUUUUUCAGGGACCUCACGUGUGAAAUGCUCAGUCACUGGAGGGUAAAAGAUCCCCGUCAUUCAUUCUCCAUUCAGUUUUUAAACAACAAUUUCCCAGCACUACAUACCCAAGUAUCAGGCUUCCCAGUUGGCUCCUCCCAUUUGAUAGAGGGGCAGGUGAUUCACAGAGACUUUGCUACACCUUGCCCUCCAGUGAAAAAGCAACUUUUCAAAGCUGUGGUUUUCACUGGAUACCUGCAGCCAAAAGUCCUCGCUGCAGGUGAAGUGCUUGAACUGGGCUGUGGAGACAUGGUGACAAAGGACAGCAGCAUUGUGCACUUUAGUUCCUGGACAGAGGGGUCACUGAAGAGCAUAAUUGCUUCUCUGCAGAGUUUUGGCGUCUCUGUCCUUUUGUGUGCGCUGAAACAGUCCCCUGCUGCCCUGGCUUUAGCAACACAGUCAGGGAUGUGCAUUGUGGAGUGUGUCAGUGAAGAGGAACUGUCUCUUUUUGCCCAACUCAGUGGGGUUACACCUGUCUCAGACUGCUGGGGGAUUCAACCAGAGCACAUCACAACCCUGACUUUCUGUAAACCUUUACAGCUUGGAGCCCACAGAUAUGUUCAUUUGGACUUCCAGGACUCUGAAGAAAGGCUCAACGUCAAACCUUGCAGCCUGGUGAUUUGUGCUCCAGGGGAGGGGCAAACGGAUCAGUAUGCAUGUGCAUUUCAAGAUGUGUUUCGAAUGCUACUGACAGCAUGGCCGCCCAGACGCGAGACUUACACCACAGGUUGUCAGAGAACCUUUCCAUCCAAUAGUUGCACAUCUUUACAUUCAGACGCUAUAAGUGCUGGAACUGCAUACACAUUGUGCAGUGUGCAUCCCAGUCAGAAGUGUGUGAUAGAGCCAGGUUUUGUAAUAUCUGCAGGUGGGACGUUUGAGUUUCUGCUGAACCAUGCCCUUCAUCAAUAUGACCGCAGUUGCUCGGUUUCUGUUAACACAAGUGUAGUUGUUCCAGUUGCCCAGCUCUUGGCAGAAGCACUGUUGAGUGUGCCUCGGCUGAUUUACUCUCACAAUCUAAAACGUUUCCUGCAGGAACAAACCAGGGUCAUGGCUUUAAUUCCAAAACAAUCCCACACCCUCAGUGCAAGCCUCAGACAGACUGAAGGUCCUCCUGAAGAUGGUAAACUAAGCCUACACUCUUGUGAAAAGGGUAACAUGGCAUUGAAACUUUUGGACUCAGGCCUUGAAUCUGUCUCUUGUAAGUAUCAUCUGGUUCUGGCUGUGCUGCAGUGUCUCACAAGUCUCCUCCGAGUGAACAAGGAGCUACGGAUACACACAACUUUACACAGAAAAUCCUUUAAACUCCUGAGCACCUGUUCAGAGAGUACAGAAGACGAAGAAGAAGCGUUGCUCUAGGAGGAAACUUGAACAUUUUCACUCCAGAAAUAGACUUUAAACAUCAUAGAUGAUAGUCCGUCUUUUUUAUCUGUUUUUCUUUAUGUUUUAAUACAGUGUUGUCAGACUAUAAUGCUUUUGAUAUACAUAGCACAUUUGAAUUACAGUAAAUAAAAAAGUAUUUUUUGUAGCCUUAAUUAGUGAUAAAUUCACUAAAGCAAAGUUUGGCCAGAAAAAUAAAUGAAAGUUCAUAUUGUAGUGCUGCAACGACAUGCUGAAAUUGAUUUAGUUCAUACCAAAAUGUAAACAACAAAAUAGAUAUAGAAUUGGUAGAUAAUUUACUUUGUUUCUACACUUUGUUUUAAGUGUCGAGCUGUACACUGAAAUAUUAAAUGUUAAUUCAUGAAAUCUUGUCCAAUGACAUUAUCUUGCAGUGUGGAUACAUAAGUUGACUUGUUUUAAAUACCUUUGCCCUUACAUUUAGUAUUUCUUCCUUGUUUUUAGACACAAUUUUGCUGUAAAAGUAAUAAAUUCUGCCAUAUUUCACUGUUCCUUUUUUUUCUUUUGUCACAAUCAGUUGCUUUACAGUUCGAGGAUUAUAAUAUUAAAGAUAACCAUAAUAGAUAUAAACUAAUUUCCUGCUAAUCCCUGGUUGUACAAAACAUGGUAACAUCAUCUGUUGUUUGUUAUAACUGAGAAUAAAUCUUCUCUUUUGGAAA